AUGUAUCUCAAAUUCUUACCAUCAUUUUUUCUAUUGAUUGCUCUUUCAUCGGCUCAUCGAAUAAGAAUAUACAAUAACUGUCCAGUCACAGUGUGGCCAGCAAUCCAGGGUAUUCCCGGACAUGAACAUCUCGAAAACGGUGGAUUUAAAUUGAAUUCACGUACUGAACGUUAUGUUGUUAUGCCAAAUGAUUGGAAAGGCAAAAUUUGGGCAAGGACCAAAUGCGACAGUCGAGGACGUUGUGAGACUGGUGGUUGUGGCAAUAGAAUCCAAUGUAAUGGUGCUGCUGGUGCACCACCUCUUACUCUUGCUGAUAUAACAUUCAGUGGAGGUGCAGGUCGUGAUUUCUAUGAAAUUACCCUCGUCAAUGGUUACAACAUUGGUAUGACAUUGGUACCAGUUGGAGGAAUCCGACCAUUCGCUGCUGGAAGAUUUGACUGUAAAGCCGCUGGAUGUAAAUCUGAUCUCAAUACCAGGUGUCCUAAUGAAUUAGCCGUAAAAUCAGGACGAACGACAAUCGCUUGCAAAAGUGCAUGUGCUGCAUUAAAUACUGAUCAAUAUUGUUGUCGAGGAGCUUUUAAUUCAGCAAGAACUUGCAGGAGUCGAAAUUGGCCCAAAAAUUAUGCAGCCAUCUUCAAAGGGGCCUGUCCAGAUGCCACCAGUUACGCGUACGAUGAUCAAAGAAGCACCUUCUCCUGUCGACCAGCUCCACCUACCAACUAUUUAAUGAUAUUGUGCCCCUAAAAAAUAAAUAGUUUUUAUAAAAAAAAAUUACUGUAUUCAGAAUUCC